AUGGAAAAGGACGAGCCUUUGCCCCAGCCAGUGUCUGAAAAGUGGAUGGAAUGGACCAACAGCCUGGAUAGGAUCAAAGGCUUCAGUGUGCCACGCUGUUUGAAACCAAAGGGCUAUGGAAUGACAAGCCAUGCCGAGCUUCACCACUUCGCCGACGCCAGUGAGAGUGGCUAUGGCUCAGUCAGCUACAUCAGACAGUUGAACCAGCAGGAUGUCAUUCACGUCACUUUGGUCCUUGGAAAGUCCAGAGUUCUUCUUCCCCUUAAGAACAUCACCGUGCCACGACUGGAGCUGGCAGCUGCAGCUCUGCUGGUGAAGGUAGAUAGAAUGCUGAGAGGAGAGUUCCACCUUGACCUAAAGCCUUCAUGUUUCUGGACUGAUAGCCAAACAGUGCUCAAGUACAUUGCAAAUGACCGAGCAAGGUAUAAGACCUAUGUAGCCAAUAGGGUCUCACUGAUUCGGGACAAUACAGACCUGUCCCAAUGGAGGUACGUAAGCAGCAAGGACAAUCCUGCUGAUGAUUCAUCCAGAGGAUUGAAUGCAGGAAGAUUCAUGGAGCAAAGGAGAUGGAUACAUGCCCCUGAAUUCUUAUGGAACACAAAGGAAAGUUGGCCAGUGGAGGAAGUAUUGGACUCGGUGUCACAGGACGAUCCAGAGGUCAGGAAAAGUGCUACUGUAUUGGCAGCAGUAGUGAACCCUGCGACACCCACAGACCAGCUUAUUUCGUUCUUUUCUGACUGGAGGAGACUACUCAAAGCAGUGGCAUGGUAUCUCAGACUGAAAAAGAUGUUGAUGCUGAUUGUGAAAAGAGGAAAGGAGCAGCCCUCGUCUCAAGUCAGCACCCGCUCAAGCAGGAAAAAGGUGAGGAUACAAAUUGAAGAUUUCAGGACCUACCUUGGUGGGCAGCUCCUCACUGUUGAAGAUCUUGCAGAGGCAGAAAGGUCAGUCGUCACAUACACCCAAGGACAAGCCUUCGGUGCUGAAAUUGCAACACUGGAGAUGAUCCCACCUAGAGUGCACAAGGGCAGUAAGAUCUGCAGGCUUGAUCCUGUCCUAGACGAGGGCAUUCUGAGAGUAGGUGGCCGACUGCACAAAUCUGCAAUGCCUGAGGACACCAAACACCCCUGCAUCUUGCCCAAAGACUCGCACAUCUCGAUACUGCUCUUAAGACACAUCCAUGAACGCUGUGGCCACAAUGGCAGAAACCACAUGCUAUCGGAGCUCCGGAAAAAGUACUGGAUUUUAAAAGGCAACUCAGUUGCCAGGAAGGUGCUCUCAAAAUGUGUCAUGUGUCGACGUUCAAGGGGCAAGGCAAGUGAACAGAAGAUGGCGGAUUUGCCGUUAGAAAGAAUCCUACCUGACCUCCCUCCAUUUACCAAUGUCGGGUUGGACUACUUUGGCCCGUUUGAAGUGAAACGAGGGAGAACUGCCAUCAAAAGAUUUGUCUGCAGGAGGGGCCAGGUGAAGCACAUCAGGUCUGAUAAUGGAACAAACCUGGUGGGUGCACACGGAGAGCUCAAGAAGGCCCUGAAGUCACUGAACGAGAGGAAAAUCCAAGAUGCCCUGCUUCCAGAUGGAAUCGAAUGGAGUUUCAAUCCACCAUCAGCAUCACACCAUGGCGGAGCCUGGGAAAGGCUCAUAAGAUCUGUCCGCCAGGUGCUGAACUCUACUCUCCAUCAACAGUCCAUCGAUGAUGAAGGCCUCCAAACACUGUUUUGCGAGGUGGAGGCAAUCCUGAACAAUCGUCCUCUCUGCACAGUGUCCUCAGACCCACAUGACCUAGAGCCACUGACCCCAAAUCACAUCCUGCUAUUGAAAGCCAAGCCAAUCCUACCCCCUGGAACCUUCUUGAAGUCCGACAUCUAUGCCAGACGUCGCUGGAAACAGGUCCAGUACAUGGCCGAUCUUUUCUGGCAAAGGUGGACCAAAGAAUAUCUUCUGCUGCUGCAGGAGAGGCAGAAAUGGGGUCGUUGA